CAAGGACAGGUGUGGCCUGCGGGCGGCCGGAACCUCGUCAGUAAUUCCAUUCCAAUGCGUCAAUUAUUCAUCCCGCGCAGUCGGUUGCUGUGCUCUGCAAGGCCACCCUUGGGCCACCGAGGCCCAGGCUCAGGCGGCUCCAGGCUCAGGCGGCUCCCAGGGGGACAGGAGCAAGCGCCACAGCUGCGAUCGAUGGUGAGCGGCCAUGAGCUGCUGCGAAGCUCCCAGGAGGGGGGGUGCGAGGCCCAGCCAUCUGGACGCAGGCCCAGCCGCCCAGGACUGUGCACACCCAGGUCUCUGCUCUCCUGCCGACACCAGCGACCACCCAGCCCAGCCGGACCACAUGGCCCCCCGUUCUCCUGAUGUAUGAGGACCCCUGCGGGCGCCUGAGUGAGCGCAGCCCCUGCCCGGCGGGGCCAUGGCGAGCAUGGCCGUGCAGCUGCUGGGCUUCCUGCUCAGCUUCCUGGGCAUGGUGGGCACGCUCAUCACCACCAUCCUGCCGCACUGGCGCCGGACAGCACACGUGGGCACCAACAUCCUGACGGCCGUGUCCUACCUGAAGGGGCUGUGGAUGGAGUGUGUGUGGCACAGCACGGGCAUCUACCAGUGCCAGAUCUACCGCUCGCUGCUGGCGCUGCCCCAGGACCUGCAGGCGGCCCGCGCGCUCAUGGUCAUCUCCUGCCUGCUGGCGGGCGCGGCCUGCGCCUGCGCCGUGGUGGGCCUGAAGUGCACGCGCUGCGCCAAGGGCACGCCGACCAAGGCCACGUGCGCCGUGCUGGGCGGCGCGCUCUUCAUCCUGGCCGGCCUGCUCUGCAUGGUGGCCGUGGCCUGGACCACCCACGACGUGGUGCAGAACUUCUACAACCCGCUGCUGCCCAGCAGCAUGAAGUUCGAGAUCGGGCAGGCCCUGUACCUCGGCUUCAUCUCCUCGUCCCUGGCGCUCAUCGGCGGCACCCUGCUCUGCCUGUCCUGCCUGGACGAGGCCCCCUCCAGGCCCUACCCGGCCCCGCCCCGGGCCGCCACGGCCACGGCGCCCUCCUACCGGCCGCCCGCCGCCUACAAGGACAACCGGGCGCCCUCGGUCACCUCGGCCUCGCACAGCGGGUACCGGCUCAACGACUACGUGUGAGACCCCAGGGCCUGCGCCUCCCUGAGCCGGGGGGGCCCGGCACCCAGGACCCGGGCACUAAGUUUACGUCUGGGCUGCUUCUGUGCCCAAAGGCAGCAUGUGGGCGUGAUGGGCUGGGAACCCGGGAGGAGAAACGCUGUUAUACCAAAGACUCCAGAAGUCCUCCUGGCUUUGUAUUUAUUCCAUGUAUUUAUGUGGGUGACGUGAAGGCAGCUGAGGCAAGAGAACCGUGGGGGUUGGUCUGUGGAUUUGUCUGCAGGACGGGAAUAAACCUGUUGGCUGUGGUUGU